AUGAUGAAAAUUUUAAUUACUGAUUAUUUAUUUAAUGAUAGUAGUUCAAGUCAGAGUUAUGGAGAAGUUAAUCAACUUGGUGGUGUAUUUGUCAAUGGACGACCAUUACCAACACCAAUUCGUUUACGUAUUGUUGACAUGGCUAAUGGAGGAGUACGGCCAUGUGAUAUAAGUCGUCGAUUAAAAGUAUCACAUGGAUGUGUUAGUAAAAUUCUUGCUCGUUAUCAUGAAACAGGUUCUGUAUUACCAGGUGCUAUUGGUGGAAGUAAACCACGUGUAACAACACCACGUGUUGUUGGUCGUAUACGUGAUUAUAAAGUUAAAGAUCCCGGAAUGUUUGCAUGGGAAAUACGAGAAAAAUUAUUAUUAGAUAAUGUAUGCGAUAAAUUUAAUGUUCCUUCAGUAUCAUCGAUUUCACGUAUUUUACGAAAUAAAAUUGGUCCAUUAUCACAACCAAAUAAUGGAAGUAGUGCAAGUGGAAGUGGAGGAGGUGGAAGUAGUGAACAUAGUAAUUCAAAUUCACCUCCACCAAUUUCAUCAUCAUCAACAUUAAUAAAUAAAUGUGAUCAUUCACCAGUUAAUAUUUCUUCAGUUGUUUCAUCAUCAUCUGAAUCAAUAUGUAAAAUUGAACCACCAACAUGGUCAUCAUAUGAUCAAUCGACAGCAUCAUCAUACCAUCAUCGUUAUCUUUAUCCAAAUGUUGCUUAUCAUUCACCAUUUCAACAUCAAUUUGAAUCGGCUAUGAAAUCACCAUAUACAGGAGCAAAUCAUAUUGUAUCAAAUUCAACAACAAACGGAGAUAUCUCAAGUGCAUUUACACAUACUCAUCAUUAUUAUCAUCAACAUCAUCAUCAUCAUCCAAACGCAACUGUUAACAAUCCUACAAAUAAUUAUACAUCAUUGUUCAAUACAUUUCCUUAUACACAAACAAGUAAUUUUGCUGUUACAGCACCCUAUUAUCCAUCGUCUUAUGGCUUACCAUUGACACCACAAGCUUCAUAA